AUGUAUCCGCCGCCUCGCCAGCCAAAUCGGGAGCCUUCCCCAUAUCCCUCGGAUGGCUGGGCCAGUAUCUACGGAAGCAACGCUCCAGUGGUGAAGAGACCAGAUCCGUUACCGCCCGUCGAGACUGCCUUCUUUUUCAGAGUGGUGGCAAAGGAGGAGCAGAGCGUCUACUCUCAGCCCGAUGCGACUGCCGCCACCUUCCUUGGCCACCGAGCGCAUGGAGAGGUUCUCCGGGUGAUCGACUUCCGCGGCGCAUGGGUGCGCCUUGCCCCAGAGACAGAAGCACAGGUUGACGAGAGGUGGGAGGGGUGGAUGUUGGCUGAAACCGCGGAGGAGACCUUGCUGGAUGAGAUUGACGAUCCUGAGGAGCACGAAAAGGAGUUCACGAAGGACCUCUUCAGGCGCGUGUGGAAAAUCAACGACCACGUGACUUCAAGAUUGAGAGACAGGAGCGAGCGUGCGCUGCAGUAUCUUAGUGCUGGACGCGUCCCACCGGGGAAGAAGGCACUUCUGCCAGAAGGCACCCGCUGUGUGAAUUCCUUCUGGGGUCUCGAGGCCCGAUGGAUAGCGCUGGCAGAUGGUGAGGAGUACUGGCCGCAAGGCUGUCUGACUCUGUCGGCUGGCUACCUGAAGUCAGGCUGGGAGCAGCCAGCCGAGGAGGCGCGGGCUGGACACUGGCGAGUCUUUGCAGCACGUCCCUUUGGAGCGCAUGAGCUCGUAGAGGUUUGUCCGCUAGCAGAAGUGGAUUUGGAAACAUGUAUUGCCAGUUUCCAGCUACGCAUGAAUGUAGUCGAGACUCCCGCGGAUGAGGAUGCCAGCUACACGGGAAAAACGGGCCGAGUCAAGAACUACGUGCCUCUAGGCUUUGGCAUGCUCUACCAGCAGUCCAUUGAGCUUCCAGAUGUCGAAAUCAACUGGACGCCUGUUACCAACUUCAACUGCAAGUUCGUUCCAGUGGGAAAUCACAUGUACAUCUACACCACCCGGAAGAUCCAGGCAGAUGAGGAGCUCAUCCUGGAGUACAAGCGGUGCUUCAGAACUGAUGAGGGUGAGUCGAUCAACUUCGAAGGCUUCACCCCCUACUGGUGUCGACAGGAGCAUCCAGACUGCUUCCGCAAGGCGCUGACAGCCCCAUGCGGACCGCGGAAAGUGCGCCCAAUCCCUGGGAGCGUUAAGUUCGGCAAGUCAAGGCUCCACGGCCGCGGUGUCUUUGCUGAUGCGGCAUUCAAAGAGGGCGAAAUCGUUGAGAUGUGUCCCUGCCUCAUCAUCGACACGAACGGUGCCGACUGCAUGCAGGAUCACUGCUUCCAGCUCCCGGAAGUCAAAAUCGAUGUGGAAGGUGGAAGUGUGCUGAAGCGCCAAUCGCGCUACAUCCUUCCUUGUGGAUACGGUGGCAUGUACAAUCAUCUGGAGCGCGGCCAAGGAGAGAAUGUGCAGUGGUUCUACGAUGAGACAACUCAAUGUUGCGUCUGGGUCGCUCAUCCACCGGACGGCAAGGAUGAACUGCAGCGGAAUGAGGAACUCUGCUUUGACUACGGUGAGGCUUACUGGGAUGCCCCGCACCGCCGCUUCCAACGACCUGCCGCCGCCCAAUGCCCAGUUUUUCGCCGCAGAUACAAAGCGGCCAAUUAUGCUGUAAAUGCAUGUGCUUCCUUCGCAUAA